UUACGAUUCCAUCUUUAAAGUUUCCACCUUUCCGACGGAAACUUACGUUGACUUUGUUUUCAUUUUGGUCAUUACAGCGUCUUCUCUCCUUCUCCGCCAUUCAAACUGAUCGGAGAUAUAGUUCGUUCGAUCAUCCCUCGUGGGUUUUCCUCUAUCUGUUUCCCGCGCUAGAUCUAUGGCCGUUUUAGUCCAAAAAUUUGCUCGCAGAGACGGUAGCGAACAAUCUGGGUCGGUCAAGCAAGAAGCUUCCAUCAAUGGGUCUCCAGAGAUCCAGUACGAGACGGUAACCGGUCGUGGGAUUGAAGCCAUCGUUAAUAGUCUGAGCACAUGGGUUGUGUCUAUUCUGUUUGCUUCCAUCAUUCUUCUGCGGCGUGAUGGUACUGCCUUGUGGGGAAUCAUUGGAUCCGUUUCGAAUUCGGCUCUUUCAGUGGUGCUGAAGCGUAUACUUAACCAAGCGAGGCCUGCUACAACCUCGCGUCCUGAUCCCGAGAUGUCAUCUACUCACGCCCAGUCUAUCUCUUUCAUAUUUGUGUUUGUUGUUUUGUCUGGUAAGCAAUUAAAAAGAACUUGGAACUAGGGAAGCCAAUUCUGGGUUCAGAGGCGAUCUUUAUGAUAUUAUCCAGCUAAUCAAUGGCCAGUCUGUCACCGACCGCCCCGUCGUCCUUCACGGAGUAGGAGCAGCAACCACUGAGCCAGUGUUAGUUUAAAUUCUUGGGAAAAAACCAUCUGAGGGAGUUUAGGCAACCAAGUGACAGUUUUUCUAAUCUCUUGAUUCCAAGUAGUAGUUCUACAAAUUUUGAAAGCAAAACCCUCUGAGAAAGUUAUCCUAAUCUUCUAAAUGUGUUCAUUGCAGACUCUUGAGAACAUAGCAUUCAGCAAGAAUACAGAGAAAUGGUAGAGAGGCAUGUGUUUACAAGCACGGAUUUAAAAAUCUGUUUUUCUCAGUUUAAUCUCUUGAAUCAGUAUUAGUAAUGGGUUCAUGAUGAUCCUUUACCGUGUGUAGACAGUGGAUAGAUUGAAACUGGAGACAGUGAGCAUAUUUUUCAGAAAGCAAUCAUGGAACUAGGAAGAGGGCAGGUUGGUAUUUAGUGCAAGAGAACAGCUGUUACGUGUAUCUCAAAUUAGAUUAUUUUCUGUCUCUAUGCAUGCAGAUAAUAAAUAAUUGGAUACACUUGCUGAGAUUCAGGAACUGCACGACACUUUCAGAGGCUGGACAAGAAACUCCUCCACAUUGUAGGUUAUAAUAAAAAUGAUGAAUCUGAAAGUGUCAAACAAGAUGGUGAACUAAUGAAUGCUUCUGAAAUCGGUGCUACUAAUGGCGAAGAGGUGGAAGAGUUUCAAAGCCAGACGAAAGGUCAAGCAAUCUGAAUACCAUCAAUAGAUCAAGGAAAACAAGAGAUGAGUGGGAAACAAAGAGUAGAGAAGUCUGAAGAAGAAGAUGGUCGUGGAGAAGAAUUAAGAAGAGACAAUAUUCAAGUGAACUACUCAUAAGAAGAAAAGGUCGAAUACAUACCCUUUUAGUUCGUCUGACUCUAAAGCUCAAAAGUUCCAAUGAAAGUAGAAGAAACUAAGAAGGAUAAUGUGACAUCUGAGUUGAGGUUGGUCUCUUCUUCUACAUGUCUCUGUGUUCUUAGAAGUUUUUAGAUAUUCGUUCCAUGUAACUUAUGUCAUUCUAACAUGUAAUACAUUUAUUUAAUUGAU